GCUGAUCUUGGCGUCGGCAACUCGGCGAAACGAGCGCUUCGCCUUUCAAGGCUACCAACAGUUGAUGAUAGCCUGGUAAGCACCCAGAUGCUGCAACUGCGGGGUAGCCUAGUUCCGUUCUAAAGAGAACACCUACACUUGCACCUACAAUGCCAUAUGGCCAAUGAAUCGGGUCGUAGGGCACACGAGCCCGGGCUCCCAUCUGGCGCUGUCAAGGGCGCAGGCCACUGGAUUCAACGACUGCAGGGCAGACCGUGACAGGAGUCUUGGUAGCCCAGAGUCAUCCCGCGUGCAGGCGGACGGAUGGUCGGAAACGGUUGCUUUCCCGCGGUGUGGGCAUUGCCGUCUUGAGCCGGGGGGACUGAUGGGGGCAGAUGAGGGAGGGGGGACGGGGUGGGGGGGGACUGCAGCACUGGAACCGGCAGGCGAAAAGCUUCAAGGCGUCAAAACAGAGAGCCCAGACCGUACUGUACAAAGUGAAGUUGUGUUUGCCGAACUGGCGCAACGUUGAGCACGUUGACAUCACAAACUGGAUCCAACAUGACAGCUCGCGACGUCUGCCUCUAGCCGCCAUUUGUAAACUUUCUGAUACGCAAGUCAUUUCAUACACCAGCACUCAAUGACAAACUGGUAGCUUGCUUCUCUCGUCCUGGGCGAACCUUCCAAAGAAAAUGGCCGACGAGCCGCUGAAGACUGUUUUCCGGCUUGACGACCUGCUGACAAGGAUAAAGGCGUCAGAACAAAGCGGCUUGGCCUCAACAAAAGCGACACCACGGAGCGCUCGCAGCCGGCGGGCCUCGUCAUCGUCAAUACUCAAUUCGCCGUCCUUCGCGGAGCACCAAACAGGCCUAAAAGCAUAUCGGGGCUUCAACAGUCCAGCACCCCACCGCAAGCGAAGCCAGGUACUCGAUGACCACGCGAAUCCGCUUUUUGAGGGGUUCCCGUCACUGGUGUGUAGCCGGGACACCCCUGAGCCCCUGGACGUGUCACCUCUGGCUCGCACGCCUGGGGCGCCGGAGGCUGCAGGGAAUGCCCCGAAGCUGGAGGAGCAGUUGCAGACUCUGCUGAACAUGCUGAAGACCGCCACUGACCUGCCCCGCGGGAGCGCGCUGGCAGAGGAGUUGGAGGCGGUGGCGAGCAAGUUGAGAGAAAAGGAGGAGGAAGCCACAGUCCUGCAGCACGAGGUGCAGGUGGAGCGCCAAAUGCGCACGCAGCUGCAGCUGGCGCUCACCGGCGCACAUGCCACCAUCCGCCAGCUCCGCGCUGCGCCCACGCCACCGCCGCGCACAGCCGGCAGCGGCGCCUCCUCCGGCCGGCGCCGCAGCGAGCCGGGGUCAGAGUCCAGCAGCAAGGGCUCGCACCCACACUCCCGUGACGGCGCCACCGCGCACAGCAACGCCAGCAGCGGCCGGUCGCUGUCGCUUGCCGGGGGCAUGGGCGGGGGUGCGAGGGGCGUGCGCGACUCGGUGUGUCGCCAACUGCUGCAGUCGCCCGCCAGCACUCUGUCCACCGUGAGCUUCGCGGCCAAGCCCACUCGGGCGGCCGGCUGCAGCCCGCUGUCGCAGCCGGACGCGGCCUGCUCCCCUAAGGAGCUGCCACUGGAAGGGCAUCCCCUGCGGCCGCACCACCACGGGCUGGAGGUGGCUGCGACCAGCCCCAAGGUACCGCAAGCACACGGCGGCGGUGCCGGUCCCGCGGUGCGCCUGGGCGCGGGCCAGCAGUCCUUAAGCGGCUGGAUGCUGACGGCCCUGGCCACGCCUGGGGCAGACGGAGGCGCGGCGCGCACCGCCGCCUGUACCGCGGCGCUGGGCCGCACCACGGCCGCAGCGCUGGCUGAGCUGCAGACACCCGCGCCGGUCGGCCGCGGGCAGGGCGCAGCAGCUGCAGUGCGCGCGGCGCUGGCCGCCACGCCGGCGCAGCCGCUGACCUACGGCAGCCCGCUGCACCGGCGCAUACAGCGGCUGCUGGCCGCGCACGGCGCCGGUGAAAGCCUGGCUCCCAGCCCGCUGAGCACCGGUGGUGCGGCUCAUGUGCGGCAGGUUGGCACCAGCGAGCUGGCUGGCAGGCAACUGGACCCCGGGCAGCUGCAUAUAAGCUCUGUGGCCAGCUCGUCUACGUCAAGCGCCUGCGCCACGCCGGCCGGCGGCCACAAAGAGUUGGGCGUGGCUGCCCUGGCAAACCUCCAAAGCAGCGUCUCUCCCUUUGGCCUCACGCUAAGGGAGCGCUACGCGCAGCGCGGCGCCUGCACGGGCGGCGUGCCGCUGCCCUGCGGCGCGCCCACGCCGCCCCCCGCGUCUGCUUGCCCGUCCCAACCCCACCGGCAACCACACCACGCGCACGGCGACCAGGCUGACGACGUGGCGGAGCUGGUGUCGCAGUUGGGCCUGAACCUGGACCUCAACGCUGUUGACGGCAUGUCGCAGCUUGAUGUGCUGGAUGAGAUUGACCGCUGGCUGUCGGCGCAGUACAUUGCUGCCAAGAAGGCAAUGCUGGCCGGCGCCGAACCACUUGCGGAGGAGGAGGACGCGGCGGGCAGGGGCGCGGCGGGGGAGGAGGAAGAGGAGGGGCUGGGGGCGGCGCUGGCCACGGCAGCAGCAUUCGGAGGUCGGCCUGUCGAGACGGCAGUGGAGACCGGCAUUCAGACGGAGCCGCUGCAGCCGACUGCUGUGGACCGGGCAGCAGUGGCGGUAGCGGAGCCGGCGCCCUCGCGGCGGGAUGCAGCUGUGGGCACCCCGGCAGCGUCGAUGCGGACCGUUGGCGCAGCGUCCCGCGCUGGAAUCGCUAACAAGAAGCCGCGUGCCGCAAGCUCACGCGCGGCCGGCACCGACGCCCAUGGAGACGAGGACGACGUCAUAUCCCCGGCCGCCGACCAGGCCAAGCGCUCGCCCGCGCGCGCCCUGCAGCAGGCCAAGCAGGCCGGCUCAGCCACGCCGCAGCCCGCCGCUGCCGCCUCGCCCGCGGCUGCGCCCCAGCAGAAGCAGGGUACCAAUGCAGCCUGGACGCGCUGGGACCAGUCCAGCGGCGACGAAACCGGCACGCCGGCGCGGCGCGGGCUGUUCCGUGACGCGGCCUCCGCACGGGCCACCGCCGCAGCCGAGGCCGAGGAGGCGGAAGCCGCCGGCGCGGGCUCCGGCCAAGCGUACGCGCAGAAGCACCACCCGCUGUCCAAGCAGAAGAGCGACCCCAGCCUCCGGAGCUCCGUGGUUGCGUCGGGCGCCGCCAUCGCCGACAGCAUCCUCCGCGGUGGAGCUGCGGCCGCGGCGCCACCCCACAAGGAGGAGGAAGAGGAGGAGGCUGGCAGCGCGCCGGCGCCGCCGCGUGGCGCGCAGCGGCACGUGGACCCCUUUGACGGCCCCUCCUCCAGUCCCGCGGCGUACGGCCGUCCCACAACGGAUGCGCGGUCCCUUCUGGCGGCGCCACACCACCCGGCACAGCAGCCGCCGGCGCGGCCCUCUGCCGGCAGCCUGCAGUUCGAUGAUGCCCUGGAACAACACCUGCGGCAGAAGCAGCUGACCAUCCGCACCAGCCACACGCAGUUGCUGGCGGGGGUUGGGGCCCCGGCUGCGCUCGGCGUAGGCUUCGUGCCCGCCGUGCCGCCGCCUGCUGCCGUGCCGCCAGUGCUGGUGGCGGCGGCCCUGCCUCAGUCAGUCAUCGCGGCCGCGCGCACGUCGCUGCAGCCAGCAGGUGUCCCGCCAGGCCACGCCCGCAGGCAGGCACCGCAGGCGUCCAUCAGCCAUGGCAUGCCCAACACCAUCUCUUCUAACGCCGCCGGCGCCGGCGGCGAGGCCACCCAGGUGCUGUUCACACCCGGCAUGGCGGCCGGUAGCGGCACCAAGGCGCGGCCCACCGGCCGCACCGCGUCGCGCCUCACACCUGAGGCUGCGCACCUGGGUGUCGCCACCACACUGCGCUUUGGCGAGGGCGACGCUGCAGCCGCCACCGAGAGCGCCGUGGAGUCUGAAAACGACAGUGUAGGCGGCCGCGGCGGCGUCGUAGGCAGCGCCAGCCCCAUGCGCGCGCUGAGCUCUAUCAGCAGUGUCAGCAUUGUGACGUCGGAGGCGGCGGCGCCUACAUAUUCCGGCAACACCUCGCGCGGGCACGGCGGCGGCUGGGGCUCGCGCAGCAAGCCGGCGGCAGCGGGGCGGGAGCAGGAGGCGACGUCGCGGCCGCGCGGCCGGGCUGCAGGUGGCGGCGGCAGCAAGCCGCUGUUUGGCUUCCUGGCAUCUCUGAAAGCAUGCACUCGCGGCAGUGAUGCGUACUAACGGCGGGGUAGAGACCGUGUGCGUGGUCAACACGGAGUCCCGGUGCCUGCAGGUGUUGGCGGGUGGCGAUGCUGGUGUAGCUGAAGUAUGUGUGGGGCGGAUGCGGUGCAAUCGGCGUAUGGCGCUACGAAAACGCUGUUUCUCUCAAGUAAUAUGCGCACCGUCCUUGUGGCGGGCAAUCUUCCUUCUUCACUAGACUUCUACAUCUGUAUGUAUUGCGGGUAGAGAGCAGUUGUGUGCGGUUGAGGACCGUGGCAUGGGCACAUGGCGCCGGGCACGAAGCGAUGGCGGUGUGGGAGCACGAAGAUUGCUGGUCAGGGGCCGCAGUUUGUUGACCUGGCAACAACAGUCCGGAUGCUGUGCAUAAGGAACUUCCGGAGCAAGGCCCUGCACACCGGAUGAAUCGAAAGGAGGAGGUGCCAUUCGUGAGGACUGAACAACAUGGGCUCGCCCUGUAGCUUGGAAUGCUUACGUGCACACCCAUCGUCCCAUCACACUCCUUGAUGCGCUAAGAGCAUGACACUGAUACCGGAGUAGGCGCCAAACGGCAACUUACAAAUGCAGAUCGUUGACAGCAUGCCACAUGAAGACAGGGGCUGGCAUUGACCGAGGCCAGUCGACAAUGUUGGAUUGUUGUUGGAAUGCUCCCCCCCUGUGUGGCAGCCGUCGUCUGGCUUCAUGCAGUAACAACAAUCCCCGUGGUGUCGUAAGUGUGUCUGUGUGUCUGAAGUGCCAGCCCCAUACAUACUCCAGA